UUCACGCGUGUUUCCAUUAAAGAAGAUCGGAUAGGGUUUUACUUUCCUCUUCAAAUCAAACCCUUCUUCUCUGAUGGAGUUAGCUUUGAGCUUGGGCGAUCCCCCAAAGCCAUUCUCGUUUAUCGGCGAAACCCAGAAAUUAUCGAGCAACGAUCUAGGGUUUUGCAUGGGGCUCCUCCGUCAAGGGGAUGCCGUAUACGGAGGAGAUGAGAAAAGGGUUUCUUCAGAUCCGCCUCUUCAGCUCGAUCUUCUACCUUUCUCUCCGGUUCCUCGUCCCCAGCUCUGCCCGGAAAGAGGGUGGUUGGCGGCGGCGGAGGAACCCAACAGCGCGGUGUCUUCAUUUCAGAUGGCUUUUGGGAUGAGCAGGAGAGGCAAGAGAGAGGUGGAACUGGAAAUGAUCGAAACUGAUCAAAGAGUAAACACUAGAGGCAGUGAUGAUGACGAGAACGGUUCAACUCACAAGAAACUCAGGCUUUCCCAAAAACAAUCUGCUUUUCUUGAGGAAAGCUUCAAAGAGCACAACACACUCAAUACUAAGCAAAAACUUGCACUGGCAAAGCAAUUAAAUCUUCGUCCCCGCCAAAUUGAAGUUUGGUUUCAGAACAGAAGAGCAAGGACGAAAUUGAAACAAACAGAGGUAGAUUGUGAGUAUCUAAAGCGAUGUUGCGAGACAUUAGCAGAAGAAAAUAAAAGAUUACAAAAGGAAUUGCAGGAAUUAAGAGCCUUGAAAUCUUGUCAACCGUUUUACACGCAGUUACCGGCCACCACUCUCACCAUGUGUCCUUCAUGUGAGCGUGUCACCACCGCCACCGCCUCUGGUAGCAGCAAUACCACCGACGUCAAAACCGGAGAAUACCCGUUUCUCUCCCCUACAAACGCAUGAAAAUCAUUGGUUGUGACCAGCUUUUUUCUAAUUCAAAUUUUGUAAAUAUUUUAAAGGUUGGUGGAUUUUUAUUUCUUUUCUACUUGGAUUUUUUUUAAAUUGUGUGAAUGAUGAUUUGAAGGCACGAGAUUUGAGUUUUUGAUAGAUUUUGUGUUGACUGGGGAGAAGAUGAAGAAAUUUUUGGUAGAAUGGUGGCCGUUUUGU